GCGAAAACUAACCUUAAAUUAAGAAAUAUUCACAAAUAUUGUAAUCAAAAGCAAAACGAAGGAAAAUAAAAACGUUUAAGCAAAGCAAUCACAAUUUUCUUUAAUUUUAUUACAAUAAUUUUUAUUCGAUUUGGAAAAAAAGAAACACUUGUUUCAUUUAUAAUAAUUUCUAUUCUGUUCGUUGCAAAGUAAGAACAAACAAAACCCAAUCAUGUCUGCUGCUAUGCCCAUUAAUCCAAAACCAUUCCUAAAUGGUUUAACAGGAAAAGCGGUCCUUAUAAAACUAAAGUGGGGACACGAGUACAAAGGAUAUCUGGUCUCCGUUGAUGGCUACAUGAAUAUGCAGCUUGCAAAUACAGAGGAGCACAUCGAUGGACAAGUUACGGGUAAUUUGGGAGAAGUCCUGAUCCGGUGCAAUAAUGUUUUGUACAUAAAGGGUAUGGACGACGACGAUGAAGAAGGUGAAAUGAGAGACUAAAACCAGUGUAGACAUUGCAACCCUAAGUUUACUACGUAGAAUUUAAUUUUAUUUAAACGAGUGUAAAGAUUUAUAUAAAAACAAAAUGAAAUGAAACUUUUAA